UUCAUGAUCCUCUUCUCCCGAAACAAAACCAUGUCGAACGAACAGCCUCUUACCCGCAAACACCAUAUCCGAACGUUGUUCGAAGGCACCUUCAAAUUGGUCCGAGACCGUGGUCUGGACCAUGCCGUGGAGAGGGAGAAGAACCUCAAACCCUUGUGGAACCUCAAGAACCUCAUCAAACUCGAACCUUCUAAGUCCCUUCCAAUCUCCGUCAUCAGAGAAUCCCUUGAACUACCCUUUCGCUCCAUCGAUUUCAUCCGCAAGUACCCAUCAAUCUUCGAAGAGUUCUUCCCCGGCGGCGGGUUCCAACCCCACAUCCGGCUCACCGCGAAAGCCCUCGGCGUCGACACCGAGGAGCAGUUGAUGUAUCAGAGCGAUGGGUUCAAGCAACAGGUCGCAGACCGGCUUUUGAAGCUCUUGAUGAUAUCAAGGAUGCAUAAGAUCCCUUUAAGAGUCAUUGAAUGCUUGAAAUGGGACCUGGGUCUUCCUCAGGAUUACGUUCAGAGUGUGAUUCCUGAGUUUCCGGAUUAUUUUCGAGUUGUUGGUGGAUAUGACAGGGUUUUGGAGCUGGUUUGUUGGAGCAAUGAAAUGGCUGUUUCGGUUAUGGAGAAGAAGUUGGCGAGUGGGAAAAUGGGUAGUGUGAAAGGGAAGGAAUUAAUGUUCCCUGUUCAGUUUUCUAGCGGUUUUGAGAUGGAUAACAAGUAUGAGAAGUGGUUGAAGGAAUGGCACAAGUUGCCUUAUGUGUCUCCGUAUGAAAAUGCAGCUCAUCUUUCGGCUACAAGUGAUGAAUCUGAUAGGUGGGUUGUUGGUGUUUUGCAUGAAAUUCUUCAUAUUUUAGUUCCUAAGAAGACUGAGAAAGAUAAUGUACUAAUGCUUGGAGAGUGGUUGGGUUUAAGGUCGAGGUUUAAGAGGGCACUGCUGCAGCAUCCUGGUAUAUUUUAUCUGUCUAGUAAAAUUGGAACCUACACUGUGGUUCUGAGGGAAGGUUACAAGAGGGGUUCACUGAUUGAACAUCAUCCCUUGAUGAAUUUAAGGAGUCAGUAUAUUCACCUCAUGAACACUGUUAAGGAAGAUAGCAAAACAAGUAAGGUGGUGCAAGGAAAAUGCAGCCCAAAGUCCAAUGGCAUACAAAUUGAAGGGAGAGUAGGAGAGGGAGAGGAUAAUGAGAACAAUGUGGAGGAACACAAAGGGGAGAGGUGUGAGUCCUCUGAUUCUGAAGCUGAGGAUGCUAGUGAAACUGAUGUCGAUGAUGGUAAAGAGCAGUAUCAGAGAGGUACUCGUAAAACUGCUGCCAGUGGUAGAGGCAGAGACUUUGGGAAAGUGAACUUUAAUGUUAACAAGCCUUUGAGAGAUUCUCCGAGAGAAAGAUCAGCUGGGAAGCUUAGACACGAGACCAGGAAGAAAAAUCCUUUGGAAGGUUCUAGCAGAAUAAAAAUGCGAGGUGGACACAAAGAUGUUGAGAGUGCACAACAGAUGUCAAGAUCCCCAAGAAACAAGGGAAGGUCAUUGACUACCAAGAAAACCCCUGUUUAGUAAAGAUUCAAUCUGUUUCAGGCAACUGACAUAUACGCAGGUGUAGUUGGGGACUUCGGGUAAGGAAUUGCAAGUUUUGAAGAAGCAUUUUCCUUGUGAGAUUAGAGACUCAGAUACACAACUUUACUCCCAAGAGUUGAAGAGGGCUAUUUUGCGAUUAGUGUUCUGGACCACGUUGAGCCAUGCUCACCCUCAAGGAGUUUUUGUAUGCAGAAAUUUAGAUGGACAAACAAUUGACCAACACCUAGCAUGUUGAUGGCCAUACCAGCAAAUCCGAGCCCAGAAAUUAGCCUGUGUUACGGCUAUAAUCUGAACCAAGCUGGUGGUCUCCAGCCUAAGUUGAAUUCAUUAUGAAGAAACUACGGUUCUACAGUCCAAAUUUUAAAUACUUUCAAAAUUCAGUGUAUGUGUUGAUACGAGGUGAACGUUAGUAGUACCCUAGUAUUGUAAAA